CUUUCAAACUUCAUUGGUUUAUGCACAUUUUCUGUCCAUACAGAAGUGGAAGCUAAGGGGCAGUCAGAUCGUUUAUCUGAGGAGCAGCUGUCAGUGAUGGUGAACAAAGAUGAGCUGGUGAAGAUAACUGAUAAGCACCGACCCAGUGGGACCUGGGCCUUCUGGUACCCAGAGUCAGAGAUGGAUAAAACAGAGCUGGAAACAGGACAGGACCUGCGGCUGAAGACCAGAGGGAAUAGUCCUUUCAUAUUCUCCUUAGCAAAAGUGGACAGUGGCACAGUGACCAAGUGUAACUUUGCUGGAGAUGAAAAGGCCGGAGCAUCGUGGACAGAUAUGAUUAUGGCCAACAAAGCAGAUGCUGUCAGCACUCAGAAGCCCGAAGGAGAAGGAGAGGGAGCAGAGGAGGAUGAAUGGGACGAUUAAGGAAACCGACUCCCCCGUCAGCCGGAACUGUUGGUCCUGUUCUUGUCUCCAAAUUGAACUGCUUCAACUUGGCUCCAUUCCUGUGUCUUUGUCUUUAGAUUGGACAUUUCACUGGGGUACUGAACCUCUUACAUAUGUGGCCUUGGGGCCAGAAACCUUGCGUCACUUCUACAGUAUGUGACUAGACUCUUUCAGCUCCACAGAGUGUAUCUGGCUGUUAGCUGUGAUGCGGACUGAGUCUUUGAAACUUUACCAUUGUCUUGUAUUCUUUUGAUUAGAUCCAUAUGUUUAUAUGACUGGAACUUGAGCUCUGCAUUUUUCUCUUUCUUGGCUUGUUCUUUUACUCUUUCCUGUUUGUGUCCCAAGUGUAAUCCAGGGUGCAUAUGUGUGAUAUUUCUGCAUAACAUGGGAUUAAUUGCAGUCCCUCUUGUUUUUCAGCACACUUCCAUACUGUAACUUAAGUCCUGUUUAGAGAGACAGACUGUAUUUUAAAGUGUAGUUUUGAGUUUAUUUCUGCGUAACAACUGAAGUAUUUGGAAAUACUCCGCUUGCACUUGUAAUGUUUAUCACAGGGGAUUAUUCUUUCUUGGCUAGUAUGCCAUCUAAUUGAUUUUAUGUGUAGUGGAAGACUCAUAUUAAACCUUACAGACAACAGUCACCUUUGUACUGUAAAAUCAUUCAGAAAGAUCUUUUUAUAUAUAGCAUUCCAAAGUUAAAUAAGACCUGUAUUAUUUUGACCAGGUAAAACCAAAAUGACACAUGCUGGAUUAAAGGACUUAACACAG